AUGGGCGGGCCCAAGCGCAGCAGCCGGGAGGAGGAGGCGGGCCACGCCGUGCCCAUUCCGUUCCUCAAGUGGCGCACAGGGCUGGGCAGCACACGGUGGAGCGAUGGCGCUGUCGUCGGCAUGUUCCCCUCGCCUCUCUUCAACCCACAGGCGGCGCUUCAGUCUCUCUGUGUCGUGGCCGUGGGACAGAAUCCCUGCAUUGCCGCUUUCGCAGCAACGGAGGAGCCAGAGUGGGUGCAGCUAGCAGCGUCCAUAGUCUCUUCCUCUGCGCCCUCCAACCCCACGCUCCUGGCUCUGGGCAUAGUCCCCCGCAUGUCCACUCAGCUGCAGCGCAAGCUCAGUGGCGUGCUGCUCAAUGAAAUGGCUGCUGGGGGGGCUGCUGGGGGUAAGGGGGAUACUGCUGGGGGAAAGGGGGAUGCUGCCGGGGGGAAGGAGGACGCUGCUGGGGUGGCUGGGGGCGGAGGCGCGGGGAAAGGGGCGGGUGGCGGGGAGGCUGGAGGGGGAGAAGAGGGAGGGGGUGCGGCGGCAGGGGGAGGCGCUGGUGGAGGAGAGAAAGGGGCGGGAGAGAGCAGGAUAGGCCGUAGCAGCAGCAGUGGCGGCGGCAGCGGUGGUGGCAGUGGUGGCGGCGGUGGUGGUAGUAGCAGCAGUGGUUCUGGUAGUCACAGUGUUGCUCGUUCUGUUUCUGCUGGGCCCACACACACCAAGUCCAAGCUUCCCCCGUUCCCCCCAUCAGCGUCAGGACACCACCACUCCACACCACCACUCCCCCCUCUCCACCCCUCUCUACCCCCCGAAGACUCUCGGGCAUUCGGAUUCAACCGGCUGUUCUCCCGGCCGGCCCAGGACGAGCGAUCUGAGCCGUUGAUUCCAGCAGUAGCGACAGACGCAGGCCGUGCCACGGCGCUGGUAGCGGCACUAAAAGACCCGCUUAGGAAAGCGACACACUUAGUGCUGUCGCCCAGGGGGGCUCUAAUGGCUGUGGCGGAUGGGCUGGGGCGCGUUCUGCUCAUGGACUCCCAGAUCUUUGCCGUGCUGCGCAUGUGGAAGGUUGGUGGGGGUGGAGAGCGGUGGUCGGAGUUGCAGAGGGGUGUUGGGGGGUGGAGAGUGAGGUGGGGUGGUAGGCUGGUGAGGUGUGGAGAAUGGCGUGGGGCGGUUGUGAGCUGUGCAGUAUGA